AGCUUUCCGAUGCAAAAUAACCAGAUGUAUAUCCUUAAGAAAAAGUCUGUUCCACUGAGCACUGAAAACUACAGAGAAAUCUUGACUUAUGGCCUGGUGUCUCCAUCUCUACUGUUGCAGUUGUCUUGCACUAUUGAACAGUUAUGUGCUCCACUUUUGGCAAACACAAACAACCACCAGAUGUGGCCCCGCCUUCUCUCCCAGGACGUCAUACGACAUGUGGAGCGGAUCUCCAGUAAAACAGCAGUCGUGCAGGGUCAGAUUCAAGGAAAAACUGUUCUUCCAAUCCCAAUGUCAACUCAAUGGUUAGACAAGCCGCUUAGCCACGUUCAAAUGUCUGAGAGCUUUGACAGAUCACUCACCCAUACAAUUGAGACCCAUGUAAUUAACUGGACCAAUCAAAUUCACAAAACUUUGAUGGAGGACUCUGCAGACAUAAUGAAGACUGGGAGCAAUCCAGGGCCCUGGGCUGAGCUGAAGUUUUGGGCCUCCCGAAAGAACAAUAUAGAAAGCAUUUAUCAACAGCUUCAGAGUCCUGUGGUUCAAAAAAUGGAGAAGGCAUUAGAAACUAUGGAGAGCAGUUACCAUCCAACAAUACAGAUGGUGAUUGGAAAAGUAUUUAAAGCUCUAAAAGAAGCUGAAGACAUUGAUCUACAUCUGCAGCCUCUCCACACUCAACUUUCACAUGUGGAAAAGAGUGGCUUUGUCGAAAUAAAACAAAUUAUUCCUUCAUUGUUUCACACAAUCUUACUAAUCUGGACCAACUGUCGAUCUUAUCAAAGACCAGCCCGUGUUGUGGUUCUCCUGCAACAACUCUGCAAUCUCCUUAUUUAUCAAGCUGGAACCUACCUUUCUGAGGAUGUGCUACUCAGGGAGGAUACAGCAGAAAGUCUACAAAUGGUGCAAAGGGCUCUGGACAGUUUUCAGAGUUUUAAAGAAAAUUAUGAGACUCAGAGAGAGCACCUGGCUGGCAGCAGGAGUCAUGCACCCUGGGAUUUCCCUUCUGCUAUGGUUUUUACACGUUUCAACAAGUUCUUCAAUCGCAUGCAGCAAAUUGAGGAUACACUGGAAAUUAUGCUUGACUUUGAAAAAAUGGAGAAACUAGAAUUUGGUGGUGUUAAGGGCAAACUUUAUAAUGACCAAGCUGCUCAACUGUAUGCAGAGUUCAGUAACCAGUGCCAGAUAAUUAGACACACUGAAAACAACCCCCUGGAUUGUGACUCAAAGGUUUUUGAGAAUGAUUACAAUGCUUUUAAAGAGAAAAUUGUGGACUUUGAAUGUCGCCUUGCCAGUCUCCUCUGCUCAGCCUUCACAGAUUGUUCUGGUUUGGAUUCUGCUUUGAAAAUGUUAACAAUUGUUGAGCCCUUCAUGGAAAGAAAACUAAUCCGAGAAAUAUUUAGUCACAACUUCCUUGUACUGAAACAACUGCUCAGAGAAGAGCUGGACAGAUGUAAACAGCUGUUGAAACAACACUUCAGUCAGAUCGACGGGAGUCAAAUGAAGUACAUGACUCACACAUCUGGGGCAUUUAAGUGGGCAAAAAUGCUUCGGGAGCGCCUCCAAGCCCCAUGGGAAAAAAUACGACUACUGUUUGACAUGUCUGUCACAGGUGUGGAUGUGAUGGGGGAGUACCAGAUGUACACUGAGAUGUUGAGUCUCCUAGACCAGUAUGAGAAAAGAGUCCACUCUGAAUGGUGCAAUGGUCUGGAACAAACAUGCCUGUCCAACCUGAACCAGCCUCUGCUCACGAGAGACUGCCUAUCUGGACUCAUCGCUAUCAACUUCAGCCCAAAGCUAAUUGAAAUUUUAAAAGAUGUUAAGUACAUACAGUCCCUUAGUCACAUCAGCAUCCCAGUAGCAGCCAUGACAGUUUUUGAGAAGCGUGAUAUGUUCACAAAGUAUGUCAGAAGUCUUCAGUUGCUGGUCCAGGAUUACAAUAAGCUCAAACAGACAAUUUUGGCUGUUGAGUUUCCCCUCAUCAGAGCUAAAAUGGAAGUUAUAGACAAAGAGCUGGCCAGAGCAGAGACAGACUUGACCUGGCAGGAUCCGGGCUGUUGGGAUUUCAUAAAAACGACCAAAGAUCUGGUUCAUGAUCUUUUGCGACGAGUCUGUAAAGCAAAAGAAAACUGUCUGGCUAUACAAACAGUGAUGAAAGCAUGGGGAAAGCAGGCCAUGUUUUUCAGGAAAGACAACAGAAAAGGGUCUCUAAUACACAUCGAAGAACGGGCAGAGCAUGUGAGAAGAAUGAACAGCAGUGUGGAGAAGGAAGCAGAGCUGAUCCAUCAGUUGGUUCAGGAGAAUCAAACUUUAUUGGGUGCUGACCCUGCCUCCAGUGAAUGGGAGCUUUACCUGGAGUAUGUGGACGAGAUGGUGAUAGAGGGGCUCUUCAGCUAUAUUCGGCGGUCACUGCAGUUUUUUGUGGACAACAUGGAGGCCAGGCCUUACCACACUCCCCUGUUUGAAGCCCAGCUUCAGCUCAGAGGGUCCGAGCUGACCUUUGCCCCGUCACUGGAGCGAGAGGCCGGAGACGGCUUGUAUGAGCUGGUGGAGGGGAUGGUGGGAGACAUAUUCAAGAUUUCAGGAAACAUCAACCGAAUAGCAGGACAUUUGAGCAACGAGAGCUAUCAGGAAGUGAUGGAUAAAAUGGUGGAUCUGUCCGACCUCAGACAGGAGAUAAUGGAGCGAGUGGGAAACGUACUGAAGAAGGCCAUCCAUUUCCAGAAGAACUUUGAUUGUUACUCCCACCUGUGGCAGGAAGACAGGGCCGAAUUCCUCAACCAGUUUCUGCUUUACGGACGUGUACUUACAGCGGAGGAGAUGGAGGCUUACAAUGCUGAUUUACUACCACAGUCCUCCCCAACUAUUGAUAAAUUUGAGGAACAGAUCAAUUAUUAUGACGAUCUACAUUCUGAAAUUUCCAAGUAUGAAGACUUCAAAUUGUACGAUGGCUGGUUUCGAGUUGACAUCAAGUUAUUCAAGGCAACUGUCCUUAAUAUUAUCAAAAAGUGGAGCUGGUUAUUCAAAGAGCACCUUCUAAGAUAUGUCAUUAACAGUCUUAAUGAGUUAGAGGAGUUUAUCCAGGCCACUAUGGAAGGACUUGGUGUUCCUGUUGUUAAAGGAGACAGCUGUGGAUUGGUCAAAGUCAUGAGUCAUCUUGUAGCUGUAAGAGACCGACAGAAAAAUACAGACAAAAUGUUUGAUCCUCUCCGACAAACAGUGAUCCUUCUGGAGAGAUCUGGGGUCAAAAUACCAGAACAUGUCUACUCACAACUAGAGGAUCUACCUGAAAAAUGGAAUGCGGCUAAAAAACUGGCCUUAAAAAUGAGGCACGGAGUGGCACCUCUGCAAAAUAUUGAAGUCAUGGUUUUAAGGAAGCAGUGUGUGGAAUUUGAGGUGAAGCAAAGAAAGUUCAGAGAGAAAUUCAAAGCUACAGCACCUUUCAGUUACAAAGCAUUGGACCCCUAUACUAGUCUUUGGCAGUCUGAGCGGGAGAUCCGAGCCAUUGAGAAAGCUUUAGCUGAUCUGCAGGAAUCCACAAACCUUUUCGAUGUCACUAUCCCAGAAUACAGAGAAAUCAAACUGUGUCGCCGGGAAAUUACAGUCCUCAAAGAACUAUGGGACAUUGUCAUAUUUGUACAGAGCAGUGUGGAGAAAUGGACACUGACCAAAUGGAGGCAGAUAAGCGUGGACCAGAUGGAUGCAGAUUUGAGGAGGUUUGCCAAGGACAUGAGGAGGCUCGACAAAGAGGCCCGUGUUUGGGACGUGUACUCUGGGUUAGACCUCUAUGUAAAGAACUUGCUCACAUCACUACGGGCUGUGAGUCAGUUACAGAGCACAGCCAUAAGGGAGCGCCACUGGGUUCAGCUCAUUAGGACUACAAAGAUGGACUUUAGUGUGACCAAUAGCACCACACUGGAAGACCUCCUGGCUUUAAAGCUCCAUUUGUUUGAAGAUGAAGUCCGCAGCAUUGUGGAUAAGGCAGUCAAAGAAAUGACCAUAGAAAAGAUUGUAACAGAAAUAACUCAAACAUGGGCAGCAAUGGAGCUUUCUUAUAUCGACCAUUACCAAACCUCUGUGCUGCUUCUUAAAUGUGAUGAACAAUUGAUUGAAACCCUUGAGGAUCAUCAGGUUCAGCUGCAAAACAUUUUUCAGAGUAAGCAUGUAGAUCAUUUUCUGGUGCAAGUGGUGACCCUCCAGAAGCAGCAGCUGACCAUAGCAGACUCUGUGCUGAUGGUGUGGAUGGAGGUGCAGAGGAUCUGGGCUUACCUCGAGAGCAUCUUUAAAGACUGUGAAGACAUCCGCCAACAGCUUCCAGAAGAUGCACACAGAUUUGAAAUUAUAGAUGCAGAAUUUCAGGAAUUGAUGCAAGAUAGUGCUAAAACUAAAAAUGUCAUUGAGGCCACGAAUAAACCAGGUCUAUAUGAGAAAUUGGAGAACCUACAAAAAAGGUUGGCUUUGUGUGAAAAGGCUCUUGGGGAAUACCUAGAGAGCAAACGCCUUCUAUUUCCACGUUUCUACUUCAUUUCCACUGCUGAUUUGUUAGACAUCCUUUCAAAGGGCAGUCGUCCCAAAGAGACAUGUGUUCAUCUUGCAAAACUCUUCGACAAUGUGUCUGAUCUGGAGUUUGCCAAAAAUGAGCAUUUGGAUAAUCCUAAACUGGCUCUGGGCAUGUACAGCAAAGAGAGGGAGUAUGUGCCUUUCCCAGCUGAAUGCAUCUGCUGUGGACCAGUGGAGGGCUGGUUAAGUUCUUUAGAGAAGUCUAUGAGGGAAAGUGUGAGAGCCCACCUGUCCGAAGCCGUGGGCACGUAUGAAGAUAAACAAAGGGAACAGUGGAUCCUGGAGCUGCCUGCACAGGUGGCCCUCACUGGCUCUCAGAUCUGGUGGAGCAAUGACAUGGAGCACGUAUUCAAACGCCUGGAGGAAGGAUUUGAGUCAUCGCUAAAGGAUUACAACAAGAAACAGAUUUCCCAGCUCAAUUCUCUGAUUAGCAUGCUUCUGGGAGAGUUGAGUCCAGGGAACAGACAAAAGAUUAUGACUGUUUGUACAAUUGACGUCCAUGCAAGAGAUGUUGUUGCUAACCUCAUUGCUCAAAAGGCCACCUCCUCGCAGGCUUUCCGCUGGCUUUCCCAACUCAGACACUGUUGGAAUGAACAAUUGGGUCACUGUUUUGUUAAUAUCUGUGACGCUCAGUUCCAGUAUUCUUACGAGUAUCUUGGAAAUACCCCUCGCCUGGUUGUCACUCCACUCACAGACCGGUGUUACAUCACCCUAACACAGUCGCUUCACCUGAUCAUGAGUGGGGCACCUGCAGGUCCAGCUGGUACAGGAAAAACUGAAACCACCAAAGACCUAGGCAGAGCAUUGGGUGUCAUGGUGUACAUCUUCAACUGCUCUGAACAAAUGGAUUAUAAGUCCAUAGGAAACAUCUACAAAGGCCUGGCUCAGACUGGAGCUUGGGGCUGCUUUGACGAGUUCAAUCGGAUUGCAGUUGACGUUUUGUCAGUAGUGGCUGUGCAGGUCAAAACCAUUCAGGAUGCAAUUCGCUCCAAAAAGAAAAGGUUCCUUUUCUUGGACACAGACAUUGCUCUAAAACCAUCUGUGGGGAUUUUUAUCACAAUGAACCCUGGAUAUGCAGGACGAACGGAGCUGCCUCAGAACCUCAAGACUUUAUUCAGACCCUGUGCCAUGGUGGUGCCCGAUACUGAGCUCAUUUGUGAGAUUAUGUUGGUCACUGAGGGUUUCCGUAGUGCAAAGAUUUUGGCCAGAAAGUUCAUUACUUUGUACUCCCUGUGCAAAGAGCUGCUCUCAAAACAGGACCACUAUGACUGGGGUUUGCGAGCUGUGAAGUCUGUCUUAGUUGUGGCAGGAACACUGAAAAGAAGAGACAAGGCAAGACCAGAGGAUCAGGUAUUGAUGCGUGCGUUAAGGGACUUCAACAUGCCCAAAAUUGUGACAGAGGAUGUAUCCAUCUUCCUGGGACUACUUGGUGACCUUUUCCCUGGCCUGGAUGUGGAGAGGGAGAAAGAUUUGGAAUUUGAAAAAAGCAUUCGCACCACCGUCCUGGAACUUCGCCUUCAGCCAGAGGAGACAUUUGUCCUAAAGGUGGUGCAGUUACAUGAACUUCUGGCAAUACGGCAUUCAGUGUUUGUUGUUGGAAAUGCUGGGACUGGGAAAAGCCAGAUACUAAGAGUUCUUCAUAAGACGUAUGCAAACUUGAAAAAAAAACCUGUCUGGAGUGACCUCAAUCCAAAGGCGGUGGAUACAGAUGAAUUGUUUGGGUUCAUUCAUCCUUCUACACGAGAGUGGAAAGAUGGUUUGCUCUCAUCUUUGAUGCGAGAGCAGGCGAACAUCUCCCACCCGGGGCCUAAAUGGAUUGUGCUGGAUGGAGACAUUGAUCCAAUGUGGAUUGAAUCCCUCAACACUGUAAUGGAUGACAACAAGGUCCUGACUUUAGCCAGUAACGAGCGUGUACCCCUCACCUCAUCAAUGAGACUGGUGUUUGAAAUCAGUCACCUCCAAUCGGCUACUCCUGCCACUGUGUCCAGAGCAGGAAUCCUUUUUGUCAAUCAGCACGACUUGGGCUGGAACCCAUAUGUGGCAAGCUGGAUUGAUCAACGGGAAAGGCAGACGGAAAGAGCGCAUCUCACAAUACUGUUUGAAAAGUAUGUGCCACGUUGUCUAGAGCAAAUGAGAAACAAGUUUAAGACCAUAACUCCUCUCCCAGAAAGCUCGAUGGUUCAGACACUCUGCUGUUUGCUUGACUGCCUUUUAACAACCGAAAACAUCCCAUGUGACUCUCCACGAGAAAUUUAUGAAACAUAUUUUACAUUUGCUUGCAUUUGGGCUUUUGGUGGAGCUCUGCAUCAAGAUCAGCUCUGUGAUUACCGUGUUGAAUUCAGUCAUUGGUGGACCAAAGAAAUGAAGUCAGUGAAAUUACCAGCACAGGGGACUGUUUUUGACUACUACCUUGAUCCACAAACCAGAAGAUUUUUACCCUGGUCAGAUAUUGUCCCAUCUUUUGAAAUGGAAACUUGUGCACCAUUACAGGCUGUUCUGGUGCACACAGCAGAGAGCGUGUGUCUGCAGUACUUCAUGGACUUGUUGCUGGAGAGGAGACAGCCGCUGAUGCUGGUGGGGAACGCCGGAGUGGGGAAGUCAGCACUUGUCAGGAACAAGUUAGACUCACUUCAACAGAGUUACAUGACUGCAAAAGUGCCACUCAACUACUACACCACCUCUCACAUGCUGCAGAUGAACCUUGAACAGCACUUGGAGAAGAGAACAGGCAAAACCUACUCACCUGUCGGUAACAAGAGGCUGAUCUAUUUUGUGGAUGACAUAAACAUGCCAGCUGUAGACACUUAUGGCACAGUGCAGCCUCACACUCUCAUCCGUCAACACCUGGAUUAUGGCCACUGGUAUGACAGACACAAACUGACCCUUAAGGAAAUUCACAACACUCAGUAUAUUGCUUGUAUGAACCCAACUGCUGGAAGCUUUAAUAUUAAUCCUAGACUACAGAGGCAUUUUUCAGUGUUUGCUAUAAACUUCCCCUCGUCUGACACUCAGAUGUCGAUCUUUGGGCAGAUUCUCAUGGCCCAUCUGCAGCAGCAGCCCUUUAGUUCAGUGGUUCAGAAAAGUGCUGCAGCUGUGCUCCAUGCUGCCGUAACUCUUCAUCACAAGAUGGUUAACAGCUGUCUACCCACUGCCAUCAAAUUCCACUACAUAUUUAAUCUCCGAGACCUAUCUAACGUCUUUCAGGGCAUGUUCAUUGCUGGGCCUGACACAGUGAGAGACGGUUCUGAUCUAGCCCUGCUCUGGCUGCAUGAGUCCUGCAGAGUCUACUCCGACAGACUGGUGGAUGACAAAGACCUGCAGCUCUUCCAGAGGCUGCACGCAGAGACUGUACAUGAUUGUUUUGAGGAUUUGGACAAGGCAAAGAUGACACAGCAGCCCCUUCUGUAUUGCCACUUUGCUCAAAUGGACGGAGAAUCGUCCUACACCCAAAUGAGUGACUGGUCUGUGCUCAGGGCCUUACUCACUGAUGCUCUGGAGAACUACAAUGAACUCAAUGCAGCAAUGGACUUGGUGUUAUUCGAAGAUGCCAUGCAGCAUGUAUGCCGCAUCAGUCGUAUCCUGGCAUCUCCCAGAGCUCAUGCUUUACUGGUGGGAGUGGGAGGCAGUGGGAAACAGAGCCUCACACGUCUUGCAGCUUUCAUAUCGUCUACAGAAGUUUUCCAAAUUACUUUGACUAAUGGAUAUAAUAUCCAGGACCUUAAGAUGGAUCUUGUGGGUUUGUUCAUUAAGACUGGUGUAAAGAACCAAAAAGUGGUUCUGCUCUUGACUGAAGCCCAAAUUCCAGAUGAAAGAUUUUUGGUUAUUAUAAAUGACUUUCUGGCCUCAGGAGAGAUCCCUGAGCUCUUCACAGAAGAGGAGACUGAAGGGGUAGUGUCGGGAGUGAGAGCUGAAGUCCGUGCCUCUGGACUACUGGAUAGCAAGGAGAAUUGCUGGAAGUUUUUUACAGAAAGAGUACAGCAACGACUUAAGGUGGUGCUGAGUUUCUCUCCAGUUGGCACUGCACUUCGUACCAGGGCGCGUAGAUUUCCUGCCUUAUUCCAGUGCACCACAAUCGACUGGUUCCACCCUUGGACAACAGAGGCUCUGCAGUCUGUCAGUCACAGAUUCAUUCACGAAAUAGAAGGAAUUGAGCCUGCUGUCCAGGAAUCCAUCAGUCUUUUCAUGGCCUACGUUCACACCAGUGUCAAACAUGCUAGUGAAAAAUACCAACGCAAUGAGAAGAGGUACAAUUACACACCCAAGAGCUUUCUCCAACAAAUCAGCCUGUACAGAAACCUGCUGGAGAGGAGCUGUGCCCAACUCCAGGACAAGAUGGGGCGUCUGGACAGUGGUCUCCAAAAACUGCAAACCACCGCAGCCCAGGUUGAAGAUCUGAAAGCCAAACUUGCUUCUCAGGAGGCUGAGUUGUCCACUAAAAACCAGAACAUUGAAGCUCUCAUUGCUAAAAUAGGUCAGCAAACAGAGAAGGUUAGCAGCAAGAGAGAGGCUGCAGAUACAGAGGCACGGAAGGUAGCUGUUAUUCAGACACAGGUGGCAGCUAAACAAAAAGACUGUGAAAAUGAUCUCGCUAAAGCUGAGCCAUCGCUAGCAGCAGCUACUGCAGCUCUCAAUACACUUAACAAGGUGAAUUUGACUGAGAUGAAAGCCUUUCCAAACCCUCCGGUGGCAGUGAUCAAUGUGGCCGCAGCUGUGAUGGUGCUGCUGGCCCCUCGCGGUCGAGUGCCAAAGGACCGGAGCUGGAAGGCGGCGCGAGCCUUCAUGGGCAAGGUGGAUGAUUUUCUACAAGCACUGAUGUCAUACGACAAGGAGAACAUUCCAGACACCUGUUUGAGUGUGGUAAAGCAGGAGUAUCUGAGAAAACCUGGCUUCCACCCGGAUAUGGUUCGGACCAAGUCCACAGCUGCAGCUGGACUCUGUGCCUGGAUCAUUAACAUUGUUAGAUAUUAUGAGAUUUACUGUGAAGUUAUUCCAAAACGACAAGCAUUGGCGCAAGCUAAUAUAGAAUUGGAAAUGGCUACAUCCAAGUUGUUGGCUGUUCAGAAGAAGUUAAUGGAUCUUGAUUCAACUCUACAGAACCUCACAGAACAGUUCAAAAAGGCAACAGCAGAGAAGCUGAGCUGCCAGGAGGAGGUGUCCCGCACCAACCAGACCAUACAACUAGCCAACCGCCUGGUCAAGGGCUUAGAGUCAGAGAAGGAGCGAUGGUCUCAUGCGUUGGUCAAGUAUGAGAAGCAGCAGCAAACUCUGUGUGGAGAUGUCCUGCUCACAACAGCGUUUGUCUCUUAUAUGGGAUAUUUCCCACUGCAGUAUCGCACUGAGCUUCUGAAUGACAGCUGGAUCCCUUUCCUUCAGUCUAAAAAGGUCUCCAUUGCCCUGACAGAAGGCCUGGACCCAGUCCUCAUGCUUACAGAUGAUGCCACCGUGGCUGCUUGGCAUAACCAGGGCCUGCCAAACGAUCGGAUGUCCAUUGAAAAUGCUGCCAUCCUGACCACCAGUGAGCGUUGGCCACUUCUCAUUGACCCUCAGCAGCAGGCCAUUAAGUGGAUCCAAAACUGGCUCGGGUCAGAGCUGACUGUGGUGCAAAUGGGGCAGAGAGGGUAUCUCGCAGUAAUUGAAAAAGCUCUCGCCUGUGGAGAAACAUUACUGAUUGAGAGCAUUACGGAAAAGUUGGACCCGGUCUUAGAACCUCUACUGGGCAGAAACACCAUCAAAAAAGGAAGGUACAUUCAAAUUGGAGGCAAAGAAUGUGAGUAUAACAGCAAGUUUCGACUCAUUAUGCACACCAAGAUGUCCAAUCCCCACUUCCCCCCGGAGCUCCAGGCCCAGGCGGCCCUGAUUAACUUCACAGUCACUCCAGUGGGGCUGGAGGAGCAGCUCCUCGGGCAGGUCGUGUCACGGGAAAGACCUGAACUUGAAACUUUAAAGUUGGAGCUAACCAUGCAACAGAAUCACUUCAAAAUUGAGCUCAAGAGGUUGGAAGAUGACCUGUUGACUCGCCUAUCUGCAGCCGAGGGCAAUUUUCUGGGUGACAUUUCUUUGGUCGAGCAACUUGAAAACACCAAGACCACAGCAGCCCUCAUUCAGCAUAAGGUGGUGGAGGCCAGAGAAAACGAGACAAAGAUCAACGAGGCCCGAGAGCUCUACCGCCCCGCAGCCGAGAGAGCGUCGCUUCUCUUCUUCAUCAUAAAUGACCUCAGCAAGAUUAACCCCAUGUACCAAUUUUCACUCAAGACUUUUAACUCAGCAUUUAACAAAGCAAUGGAGCGUGCAGAGUGGGAUGAGGAUGUGCGGAUCAGAGUGCACACUCUCGCAGAAGCCAUCACCUACUCUGUAUUCCUAUACACCAGCCAGGGCCUGUUUGAGAGAGACAAGCUAACCUUCUUGUCACACAUUACUUUCCAGAUUCUCCUUAAGCAAGACAAACUUGAUAUCCAGGAGCUGGACUUCUUGCUGCAAUUCCCUGUGGAGCCUAGUAAAGUUUGCCCUGUGUCAUUCCUUUCACCACACACAUGGGGAGCUAUUAAAGUAGUCUCUUCUUUGGAUCACUUGAAUGGUCUGGACAAAGACUUUGAGAUGUCUCCAAAACACUGGAGAAAAAUAGUUGAGUCCUGUUGUCCCGAGAAAGAACGGCUUCCUCACGACUGGAAGAACAAAACGUCACUUCAGAAACUCAUAAUCCUGCGAGCUCUGCGGCCAGAUCGAAUCACCUACGCUCUCAAGAACUUUGUUGAGGAAAACUUGGGUGCCAAAUAUAUUGAGCCUGCAACAAUUGAAUUUGAAAAACUAUAUGAAGACAGCAGCCCCUCAAACCCUCUCUUCUUUAUUCUGUCUCCUGGAGUGGAUCCACUUAAAGAUUUAGAAAAACUAGGAUUAAAAUUGGACUUUUCCAUCGACCAAGGGACCCUACAUAAUGUGUCUUUGGGUCAGGGACAGGAGGAGAUUGCUGAGAGGGUGGUGAAGAGCGCCUCUCAGUUGGGACACUGGGUCAUUCUACAGAAUGUCCAUCUUGUUGCGAGCUGGCUUCCCUCCCUAGAGGCUAUAUUGGAGACCACUGGCAAAAACAGUCACGCAAACUUCAGAGUGUUUAUGACUGGUGAACCAGCCCAGAGUCCUGAGCACCAUGUCAUCCCCAGAGGAAUACUGGAAAACUCUAUUAAAAUCACCAAUGAGCCACCCACUGGUAUGAAUGCAAGUCUCCACGCUGCACUCAACAACUUCAGUCAAGACACACUGGACAUGUGCUCCCGGGAACAGGAGUUCAACCUGAUGCUCUUCUCACUUUGCUUCUUCCACGCCAGUUUAAUCGAGCGCUGCAAAUUUGGUGCACAAGGCUGGAAUCACAAGUAUCCCUUCAGCACUGGAGACCUUACCAUCUCAAGCAGUGUUUUAUACAACUACUUAGAAGCCAAUACUAAAUCUAUGCAGGUUCCGUGGGAGGAUCUGUGUUACCUUUUUGGAGAAAUCAUGUAUGGGGGUCACAUCACUGAUGACUGGGACAGAAGAGUCUGCCGCACCUAUCUGCAAGAACUAAUGAAUCCCAGAAUGUUUGAAGGUGAGCUGCUUCUCUGCCCUGGGUUCCCGUCCCCUCCAAUUAUGGACUACAGCGGUUACCAUAGUUACAUUGAUGAACAUCUUCCUCGUGAAAACCCCACUCUGUAUGGACUCCAUCCCAAUGCAGAGCUAGAGUGUCUCACCGUGACCUCAGACCACCUGUUCAGGACUCUGUUUGAGCUUCAGCCCCAUGACUCCACCAGAGGGGAGGGGGCAGCCCAGAGUUCAGAAGACAAGGUAAAGUCUGUUAUUGAAGAUAUUAUUGACAGGCUGCCUGACGAGUAUAACAUGUCAGAGAUCAUGUCCAAGGCAGCUGAGAGGACACCAUAUGUUUUAGUCUGUCUUCAAGAGUGUGAACGCAUGAACCAUCUGAUAGCAGAAAUGCAGAGGUCCCUGAAUGAGCUGGAGCUGGGGUUGAAGGGAGAGUUGACCAUCUCGUCCAGUAUGGAAACUCUGCAGUCAGCUCUGUUCAGUGAUGUGGUUCCUGACUCGUGGGCCAGACUGUCCUACCCUUCCACCAAAACACUGGCACACUGGUUUAAUGAUGUGUUGUUGAGUUGUCAAGAGCUCGACAGCUGGACCCAGGACUUUGUUCUUCCUGCUGUUGUUUGGUUGUCUGGGCUCUUCAACCCUCAGUCCUUCCUCACAGCUGUGCUCCAGAGCAUUGCUCGCAGGAAUGAGUGGCCUCUGGACCGGAUGUGUUUGACUGUAGAUGUGACAAAGAAGACAAAAGACGACUUUGGACAUCCUCCUCGAGAGGGAGCCUACAUCCACGGGCUCUUUAUGGAAGGUGCCCGCUGGGACUGUCAGUCUGGAGUGAUCUCUGAGGCUGUGCUGAGGGACCUGACCCCUGCGAUGCCUGUAGUCUAUGUGAGAGCAGUGCUGUCAGAGGAGCAGGAGCUCAACAACACAUACGAGUGUCCACUGUAUCGCACUAAACAGAGAGGAAGCACUUAUGUGUGGACUCUGCACCUUAAAACUAAACAAGCUCCUGCCAAGUGGAUUAUAGCAGGAGUGGCUCUGCUGCUGUCUGUCUGA